AUGUUAAAAUCUGAAGAUAAAGUGGCUGAUAGUGCUUCUGUUAAGAGGAAUCGUUCUCUGUCUGCUUCAUUUAAGGGUUUAUUUAGGAGUACCUCCAGUACUAACAAUAGUACCAUUAACAUCAAGGGUGGUCACCCCAAUAAAAUAGAAACUCAAACAAAGAGAACGGCAAAUCCGGAUAAUUCAAUAUUAAGUAAGUUGACAGCUUCUAAGGAACAUGAACUUCAUACUUCUAGGAACAGAUCUGCAGUAACUAGCCCUAUGAGUGCGAAUGCUGACAAUACUGUUUCACCUGUUCAAAGCCCAAAGUUGAGUGGUAAGCAUGGCGUUCGAACUGUUGGAAAGAUGACUCUAUCAAGGGCAGGAUCGAUGAAUUCUCAGGAAUCAUUUACGAGUGAUUAUAUAAUAGAAGAAGAAGACGAUGAAGAAGAAAAUCUGGGAGAUCAUCAGAGAAGACAAAGAAUAAGUAAGAGGGAAAGUCGUAAAGACAGUACCUCUCCUGUGGGCAUCGAUGGCUUGAUCUCACUAGAUGCUAGAUUAGAAUCUAGAUCCUCCCAGGAAAGUACUGAAAGUGUUGAAAACAAGAAAUGUUCCAAUAAUAAUAGCACAGGUCAGAUUUUCAAUAGGUCAAGAAGUCGAAGAAAUAGUGUAAAAGCAAAUAGCUCCAAUGCCAGAAGGUCCCUAUCGUUGAAAAAAGUAAACUCAUUUUCUUCGAUAAAUAGUGCUAAUAACACUAACAGCUCCAUAAUGAGUAGCCCUAAGCCUCCUUAUAUCCGUGGAAGAGCUCAUGCAGAUACGAUAAGUGCUACAACUUUACCGACUUCUCGUAAUGUCAGUGAAAAGGAUAAGGAGGAGUUGAAAUGUAUUUUACAGGUGGAAAGCUUCAAAGUUUUCGAGAAUGGUUCCCAUGAACAUAACUUGAAGAUGUUGUCACUAGUUUCUGGUAACGUUGACACAGAUAAAGUUAAAAGUCCUACAGGAAAUAACCUCUUUUCCUUUUCUGGUAUUUUUAAAAAUCAUUCUAAGGCUGAUGAGGCUAAUGCAGACUAUCAGAUCACCCCUAAUAAAUACGAAAAUGCAAAGUCCUUAAUACCUCCUAAAAGAAUUCUUGCAUGCAAAACUACAGACAAAGUUGAUAAAUAUAGAUCAAGAAGUCGCUCCAACGGUUCCACUUCUUCAGACGAUGAUGAAGAAGAAGAUGGGAAGAUCCCCGAAGUGGUGAACUCCAAGGCUGCGGUAAGUUCUCCAGAAUUGAAAUUGAUCAAUAAGUUAUCAGAAAAGAUUCAUAACCAUCUACAAAUAAAAACCGUUACUAUUAAUAACAAUACCACGCUAGAUACAUCAGGCGAAAAUGAGAUACCAGCAUUUUCAGACUUGUAUGGUAAGAGUAUUGGUCACAUUGGCCACGGGGCUUACGGUGUUGUCAGUGUAUGCGCAAGACCUAUCAAGUACACCGAUAUACCACCUCUUCAGGCAUUUACAAAAGAGGGUAAAAUCUUUUUCGCAGUUAAAGAGUUGAAACCAAGAAGUACUGAUCAAGUAGAAAAAUUCAGUAGUAAAAUAACGUCUGAGUUCAUUAUAGGACACUCACUGAGUACAUCUCAUACAAGCCUUAAUAAUAAUGGUACUAUGGUGAAGACUUCUCCGCCUCCUAAUAUUUUAAAAAUUUUUGAUCUAAUGGAAAAUAACGAUUCAUUUAUUGAAGUUAUGGAGUUUUGCCCAUCUGGGGAUCUUUACAGUUUAUUAACAAGAAAAUCCAAAGGUGGUACAGCAUUACAUCCUGUAGAAGCUGAUUGUUUCAUGAAACAAUUGUUGCACGGUGUCAAAUUCAUGCAUGAUCAUGGGGUCGCACAUUGUGAUUUGAAGCCUGAAAAUAUAUUAUUCCAUCCAAACGGGCUCCUUAAGAUAUGUGAUUUCGGUACCAGUUGUGUAUUCCAAACGGCAUGGGAGAAACAUGUUCAUUUCCAGAGUGGUGCAAUGGGGUCUGAACCAUACGUCGCCCCUGAAGAAUUUAUACAGGAUAAAAAAUAUGACCCCAGGUUAGUCGAUCUUUGGAGUAUAGGUGUUGUCUAUUGUACUAUGGUACUGGGUCAUUACCUUUGGAAAAUUGCUGUCAAGGAGAAAGAUGCAUUAUAUGCAUCAUUUGUUGAGGAGAUAACAGAGGAUAAACAAUUUUACGUAUUUGAGGAUUUGAGACAUGUUAACCAUGAAAUAAAUAGGUUGAGAAGAAUUGCUUUGUACAAAAUAUUCCAAUGGAAUCCACAAAAGAGGAUUACAGUCGAGGAAUUACUACAUGGUCCAUGGAUGAAACAUACUAGAUGUUGUGUUUCUUACAGAAAUUCCGAUAUACUUCCCGUGUAUGAAGAAAAGAGAAGAAUUGGCAUGAAUAAAUAA